AUGUCCACCACUACCAAAGCUCCUGCUGUAGAUUACACAAUUGCGAACUCCGAUGUCAUUGCAAAAUAUAAGACUGCUGGAGAAAUUGCUGGUAGAGUCAUAGAACAAGUGAAGGCUUUAUGUAUAGAAAAUGCUCAAAGUUUUGAUAUCUGUCAAAAGGGAGAUGAAUUGAUGACCGAGGAAUUGUCCAAGAUUUACAAUUCCAAGAAAACAUCCAAGAUUCCAAAGGGUAUUGCCUUCCCUACUACUAUCAGUCCAAACCACAUUCCUGCACACUUGUCACCAGUCAAUGCUGAAGACGAAGCCAACUUAAAAUUGGCAAAGGGUGAUGUAGUUAAGGUUAUGUUAGGUAUUCAAAUCGAUGGGUUUCCUUCUAUUAUUGCCGAGACUGUUGUUAUCGGUGCCUCCAAGGAAUCACCAGUUAGCGGUAAGACGGCUGACUUGGUUGUCGGUACCUGGAAAGCAUCUGAAGCCGCUAUUAGAACUUUUACUACUAAGCACAGAAACUGGGACGUUACCAAUAUUGUUGAGAAGGUUGCUAAUCAGUACGGCUGUACUCCAUUGGAAAGUAUGUUAACUCACAACCAAGAGCGUAAUGUCUUGUAUGGACCAAAGGAAAUUAUUUUAAACCCAUCUAAGGAAAACAAGACCCAAGUCGAUACAUUCAAAUUCGAAGAAAACGAAGUAUACGGUAUGGAUAUCUUAGUUUCUACUUCUGCUGAAGGGAAAGUUAAGGAAUCGUCUUACAAGACUUCAUUAUACAAAAUCACUGGUAACUCAUAUGCAUUGAAAAUGAAGUCAUCGCAUCAGGUAUUGGGUGAGUUCAAAGAAAAAUGCGGUGGGCCAUUCCCAUACAAUAUCAAAAACUUAGAGGAUGCCAGAAAGGCAAGAAUGGGACUCAUUGAAUGUUGUAACCAUCAAGUUAUGCUUGAUUACAAGGUCAUGACUGAAAAGGAAGGAGAGUUCAUUGCCCAGUACUUCACCACUUUUGCCAUUACCAAGAACGGUAUUGUUAAAUUCACCUCACCAUCAUUUGAUGUUGACUUAUACAAGACUGACAAGGUUUUGGAUGAAGAUACAAGCAAACUUCUUGAACAACCGUUAAAGGUACAGAAGAAGAAGAAGGCUAAGAAGCUCGACAACUGA